AUGCCGCGUCUGGCAGUAGUCGCCGCUGGGGCCAUGGGCUCUGCCGUGGCGAAGCGCCUAGUCAGCUUCGGCUGUACAGUAUACACCAAUCUUGAUGGCCGCUCUGAAGCCACGCGAAAGCGCGCCCAAGAUGCAGGGAUGAUUAACGUUUCCAUCAAUGAGCUUGUGCUCAAGUCAGAUUGGAUUCUAAGCAUUUUGCCACCAAGGGACGCUGUGUCGUUUGCCGAAAAGAUACAGGAUGCUGCUGCCAAACAUGGGAGCGCAUUUCCCUCCCCACGAACAUUUGUGGACUGCAACGCUGUGAACCCGGAAACGGUAAAGCGUAUCGCGGCCCUAUUUGCAGGGACGAGUGUCAAGUUUGUCGAUGCUGGCAUUAUUGGAGGGCCCCCGAAAGGCAACUAUGAUCCUACAUUCUAUGCAUCAGCAGAAGACGGGAAGAUGUUGGAUGAAUUCACUGCGCUGUCGAACUAUGGGUUGAAAGUAUCUCCUCUGAAAGGAGAAGGGGUCGGGGUCGGGGACGCUAGCGCACUCAAGAUGUCAUAUGCUGGAAUAACAAAGGGAACGACGGGUUUGUAUACCACGAUGGUACUAGCGGCUCAUGCAUCGUCGCCUGCGACCGCAGAUGCUCUCAUGAGAGAGCUACAUAUGUCCCAGCCUGUUUUGUUGAACCGCCUGGUUGAGGCUGUACCGCCCAUGCUACCGAAAGCGUACAGAUGGAUUGGAGAGAUGGAAGAAAUUGCUGACUUUGUUGGUGGGGGUGAGGGGGACGUGUACCGGGGUAUAGCGAAAGUAUAUGAGCGGAUUGAAAAGUCGAUAGCGGGUGACGAGGUGGACGUAGCGACGUUGAGGAAAUUUGUAGAGAAAGCAAAGAAAUUGGACUAG